AUGGUUCAUUUUGAGUUUCCCAUGCUGGGUUCUGCACAUAUGGAGACUUCGCGUCAACCACCUCACGUACUAUCCCUAAUCGAUGAGAUCCGACAGCUGGCCUCAUCUGAACAGGGCGAUUCAGUCCAGUCCCGGUUCCAGCUACUGCGGCUGAUCGAUGAGUUGAAGCUGGCCGUCGAGACGCCCACAGAGACCGUUCUGCGAAUGAUCUACCAGCCACCGCAAAAUGCCGCCCUUCGCACCGUCAUCGACCUGCGCAUCUUCCCAUUGCUUGUGGAACAUCCCCAAGGCCGUUCGGCUAAGGACUUGGCGGUUCACACGGGGGCGGAGAAAGCCCUCAUCGUCCGUCUGAUGCGCGUCAUGAUUGCCUUGGGUCUGUGUGCCAGUCGCGAGCCAGAGGUUUAUCUUCCCACCGACAAGACCAUCGCGAUGACGCAGCCCAUUGGGCGGGACGGUGUGCCCUGCAUAUACGACUUGACGAUGCCUACGCUAAGCCAACUCCCUGAGUACUUCCGGGAGCACCACUACGCCAUGCCCAAGGAGUAUUCACGCUCUCCCAUGCGCUGGGCCGUCGGACAGAGCCAGUUCGAAUGGCUCGCGCAGCGGAAAUACCACCAGACCCUAUUCAACUCCUACAUGGCGAGUCGACGCCAGGGUCGACCAUCCUGGUUCAACGUGUACCCCGUGCAGCGACUGACCGAUCAGACGAUCGCCCAUGAGGACGCCGUCUUCCUCGUCGACGUCGGCGGCAACCAGGGCCAUGAUCUGAUCCGCUUCAGGGAGAAACACCCUCAGGUCCCUGGACGGUUGAUCUUGCAGGAUCUCCCCAAGGUGGUGUCCCCGUCUGUCGGCAAGGGGAUCGAGCCGAUGGCAUACAGCUUUUUAGAUCCCCAGCCGAUCAAAGGCGCCCGAGCUUACUACUUCCGCGCCAUCUUCCAUGACUGGCCCGACUACAUCUGCCACAAGAUCCUGCUCAACACCGUCUCCGCCAUGGAUGAGGAGUAUUCGCGCGUCCUCAUUGUGGAUUUCGUCCUCUCUGACACGGACACACCGCUCCUCCAGGCGUCACUCGACAUCCAGAUGAUGAGCAUUGGCUCGGGCAUCGAGCGAUCCGAGCGCCAGUGGAGGGAGUUGCUGCAUAACGCCGGAUUGGAAAUUACGGGGAUUUGGUCGGGGAGUCCAGGUAUGGAGUCAGUGAUUGAGGCUGUGCCUCGUUCUUUCGAAUAG